UUAUUAUAAAAGUAUUUACUGUUUCACCUCUCCGAAAAACCUUAUCUUAAACCCUGAAACCGUCAUGAGCACCACCCUCUUCUUCCUUCCAAUUCCAAAUCCAAAUCCAAUCCCACUACUACAGGUCUGCACUUUCCCAUCCAUUUCCCCAAUUCCCUCACUCCCCCGAAUCCGCACCUUCCCCUUAUCCCUCAAACCAUUUCCCAAACGCCGAGACUUCAGAAUCUUCUCCGACGACGGAGACGGCGGCGGCGACGCAGACGGCGGCGGAGAUGACGCAGACGGCGCUGGAGAAGCAGAUCACGAGGACCUGGACGAAGAAGAGGCAGAUGAGGGGGAUAAUAAGAGAGACUACGACGUUGAGUACGAGGAGGUUGUCGGUGGUGGUGGUGAUGAUGGGAUUACGAUGGUGCAUAGUAAGAGCUUCGUGUCCACUCAAGGGUGGAACUCCGAGGAGGUUGUUGAUUAUCGUAUUAACGAGGAUGAGUUUCAUAAAAUAAGUUUGAUGGAUUGUGAUUUUUUUAUCCGGAAGCCGCCUGAUCCCGAUAAUGAUGUCUACGAUUUCAGAGAGAUGUAUGUGACCGAACCGGAUACUGAUAUCUAUGCGAUUCCACGUGUUCUUGCGCCCAUGCCCGAGAAGUAUAUUAGAUGUGCAAAGAGUGACUGGGGUACCUAUAACGUCACAGAACCGCCAAUUGAUGCACUUCGGGAUCCCAUGUACAAAUCAGAGUGGGAGGUUAUGAAGGUGUUUUUGACGAAGCACUACAGGAACCGGCGGUUGGAUGAUCCCGAUUUUGUGCUUGACUUUGAAGAGAUUUAUGUUAUAGAUUCAAAGACAAAGUCGAUAACUCGGGCCAAAGUCUUGGUGACAGUUCCUGAAGGAAGAAACAGGGAUCGAAAGAACGAUUUUCUGGUUAUUCGGGAUAAUGCAACAUCAUUUAAAAUAAUUCCCUCGGAGGAGAGAGAUGAUCCAACGACUGUAGUUCACAGGGAAGAGUGGGACAAGGGCAGAAAGGACAUGGAAAGACAUCUCAGCAAGCUAAGGGACUUCAAUGUUUCAAAUUGGUUCUAGUUUUUGUUGCUUCAAAUUUUGUUACAUGUCAACAAGUAUGAAUGCUUUGUUCAGAAUUUGUUUUUUAGUUAAUUAUUAUUCUCAUUAUUUUGUAGUU